GAGAUGACGGACGCAUUUGAUGAAACACAGGAAAUAUCAAAGGAAAAAUAUCUUUGUUUACAUUGGUCCGAAGAAGCAGGAAACGCUUCAAUUUGAUUCGUUUAGAAAUGAUCUAGGCACGUUUUCUUGUUGAAUCACUUUUUUACAAACAAUGAAAAACGAUCCAACUGUCUUGUUGAGUUAGAUCUCUGGAGCAUGGUGAUGAUGUCAGCUUGUUACGAUGGUAGCUAGCUAGCUAUCUCGACGUUAGCAACACUCAGUCGCUAACUAAACAGUUCACGGAGGACGACUGACUAUGAUUUUUGACCUCCGAUGUUAUUAAGAAAUUAAAAGAUUUAUAAACGUUUUAAAAAAAAAAAAAAAAAAAUGGAUAUCAGUCUAACAGUUUCCCUAAUGCAGGGCCAGAUGGGAACCGUGAUAGAGAGAGCGGUGAGUGCCGCCGUUGAGACGGUGUUAGGGGAGAUGCUAAAGGUGGUCGGUAUUAAAUUCGACGAGCUGAAGAGGGAGGUCGCAGCAAAAGAAAAAGAGACCGAGAGCAUCAGACAGAUGCUGGACAUAUCCCGAUCUCAGAUGAAGACAAUGCGGAAGUAUAUGAACGCUCUGGGUGCCAGGCAGCAGGAGAACUCUGCCACUUACCAGACCAACCAGACUACAGCAUUCGGCCAUUCGGAUCCGCAUAGAUCUCACGGUUCCUCAGCGGCUGCAUCCGAGGCAGCACAGUCCUCGGGUUUAACACAACCACAUAGAAGGACGGUUACAAACACACACAUUCCCAUUACAACCAAUGGAAACGUACAGUCAAGGAAUCAAAUCACUAUCACCCUACCCUCUGAUAACUUGGCCAGAUCCUCCCAACCUUCUGAGAGUAUUAUCAGGGCCACAUCAUCGUUUGACAGCCAUGAUGACCUGACUGCCACGGUCUCACAAGCUCUGGAGGGCCCAUCAUUGAUCACCACUGUCUCUGCAAUAAACAGUUCAUCAGAGCACCUGGAACCUUUGAAAGAGGAGUCCCCAGCCCCCCUAGACCCCGAGGUGUCUGAUGAGAGCCAGAGGAGGGAGGAGGAAGAAGAGUGGACCACCGUUACACAGCCACCACCAGAGACCAGCACAGACCCUGGAGACCAGCUGGUCCUCUCCCCACCCAGGACUGACGGAGCAGAUUGCUUCGCCACCACGGCUGCUGGGAUUGCCCGGCAACCAUCCCAGUUCCUGUCCCAGCCUCAGCUCCAGGUGAAAGAGGAGGAAGCCGAGGUGGAGAUCAUCUGUAUCAAGCAGGAACCCGAGGACGUUGAGAGUCUCCUGUUCAACCUGGCCGCUGAGGUCCUCAACUCCCAGGGCAACCUUUUAGACAGGCACACUCAGGGGAACCUCCUGGACUGUCACAGGACAGUACUCUCACAGGGCCAGAGAGACAGGACAUUACCCUCACAGGGCCAGAGAGAGAGGACAGCUACCCGUCCCUCACAGAGCCAGAGGACAUCAACAGAGAACACAGUGUUCAGCUCAGCCAGCACUUGUACAUAUGGGCUGUCCCAGCCAGUGAUGUCAAUGUCACGCGGAGUUGCUCCCAGGCCAAUGGCGCGUCCGUGGCCCGAGGAGUUUAAAAUGAGACGAACUGAGCUCAGGAGGAGGAGCCAGACCCGUCGGAGAGAGAUGGAGAAGAACCUUCCCCAGCCUCUAUUAGCUGACCUGGUGAAGGAGAGACGGGAGAAGACCCGGCUCAGAGUGGCCCGCUGGAGAGCCAAGAGGAAGCUGCAGGCCUGCCUACUGACUCAGAUGAGCCAGGCUGGACCGGGUCUGGGCCAGGGGAACAGUGGGCUUGGGAAUCGUAGCCCGAUUAGCCACAAAACCACAGGCCCAACUCAGACACAGCAGAGGAACCGUUCUGCCGUCUCUCAAUCUCAGUACAAUAACAGUUUUGUGUACAACAGAAGUCACUGUGAGACUGGUAACAUUGACUACCCUUCAUUCCAGUUCAACUCUUCCUCUGUCAUGCUGGGACAACAUGGAGGACACAAUAUGUUAGAGUCUGUUAUGCAGCCUGCGAUGAUGUCAUCCUCACAGCAGGACCUUUCACUGACUGACUCAGAGCUCUACCAGUAACAGGAGGACAAUGUACCAGUUCUACUCUACCAGUACCAGUUCUACUCUACCAGUACCAGUUCUACUCUACCAGUAACAGGAGAACAACAGUACCAGUUCUACUCUACCAGUACCAGUCUACCAGUACCAGUUCUACUCUACCAGUAACAGGAGAACAACAGUACCAGUUCUACUCUACCAGUACCAGUCUACCAGUACCAGUUCUACUCUACCAGUAACAGGAGAACAACAGUACCAGUUCUACUCUACCAGUAACAGUCUACUCUACCAGUACCAGGAGAACAACAGUACCAGUUCUACUCUACCAGUACCAGUUCUACUCUACCAGUAACAGGAGAACAACGGUACCAGUUCUACUCUACCAGUACCAGUUCUACUCUACCAGUACCAGUUCUACUGUACCAGGAGAACAAUGUACCAGUUCUACUCUACCAGUACCAGUUCUACUCUACCAGUACCAGUUCUACUCUACCAGUACCAGGAGAACAACAGUACCAGUUCUACUCUACCAGUACCAGGAUAUCCAGUCAGAGGACAUUUGUUUUGUGGAGUAUUGUAAGGCAUGUGGUGCUCUACUUUGGACAAGGGCCUUUUUGGCUUUCUAGGGAAUACAUUGACUUAUGGGACACAACCUAUUCCUUCUGGCUGGGCUAAUAACAUGAGAUAUUUCACAUGGAAUUGUGUGAAUGCAAAAUUAUCUAACUGUCUAAGACAAAUGCAUUUAAAUGUGCUUUUAUUUUAGGAUAAUAGCCUAAUAAUUAUUUAAUUGCUAUAAAAAAAAAUGCCCCAAAUGUUUUGUUGUUCAACAAUUCUUUAUUAAAGUACAUUAUUUAUGUUAAAAUAGAGUAAAUGACCAUCCUUACAUACUACAUUACCUGAUUAACUGCUAGGAUCAUAACAUGGAGGGGUACUGUACUGUACUGAAUAACUGCUAGGAUCAUAACAUGGAGGGGUACUGUACUGUACUGAAUAACUGCUAGGAUAAUAACAUGGAGGGGUACUGUACUGUACUGAAUAACUGCUAGGAUCAUAACAUGGAGGGGUACUGUACUGUACUGAAUAACUGCUAGGAUAAUAACAUGGAGGGGUACUGUACUGAUUAACUGCUAGGAUCAUAACAUGGAGGGGUACUGUACUGUACUGAAUAACUGCUAGGAUAAUAACAUGGAGGGGUACUGUACUGUACUGAAUAACUGCUAGGAUCAUAACAUGGAGGGGUACUGUACUGUACUGAAUAACUGCUAGGAUAAUAACAUGGAGGGGUACUGUACUGAAUAACUGCUAGGAUCAUAACAUGGAGGGGUACUGUACUGUACUGAAUAACUGCUAGGAUCAUAACAUGGAGGGGUACUGUACUGUACUGAAUAACUGCUAGGAUCAUAACAUGGAGGGGUACUGUACUGAAUAACUGCUAGGAUCAUAACAUGGAGGGGUACUGUACUGAAUAACUGCUAGGAUCAUAACAUGGAGGGGUACUGUACUGUACUGAAUAACUGCUAGGAUCAUAACAUGGAGGGGUACUGUACUGAAUAACUGCUAGGAUCAUAACAUGGAGGGGUACUGUACUGUACUGAUUAACUGCUAGGAUCAUAACAUGGAGGGGUACUGUACUGAAUAACUGCUAGGAUCAUAACAUGGAGGGGUACUGUACUGUACUGAUUAACUGCUAGGAUCAUAACAUGGAGGGGUACUGUACUGUACUGAUUAACUGCUAGGAUCAUAACAUGGAGGGGUACUGUACUGAAUAACUGCUAGGAUCAUAACAUGGAGGGGUACUGUACUGAAUAACUGCUAGGAUCAUAACAUGGAGGGGUACUGUACUGUACUGAAUAACUGCUAGGAUCAUAACAUGGAGGGGUACUGUACUGAAUAACUGCUAGGAUCAUAACAUGGAGGGGUACUGUACUGAUUAACUGCUAGGAUCAUAACAUGGAGGGGUACUGUACUGAAUAACUGCUAGGAUCAUAACAUGGAGGGGUACUGUACUGAAUAACUGCUAGGAUCAUAACAUGGAGGGGUACUGUACUGUACUGAUUAACUGCUAGGAUCAUAACAUGGAGGGGUACUGUACUGAAUAACUGCUAGGAUCAUAACAUGGAGGGGUACUGUACUGAAUAACUGCUAGGAUCAUAACAUGGAGGGGUACUGUACUGAAUAACUGCUAGGAUCAUAACAUGGAGGGGUACUGUACUGUACUGAAUAACUGCUAGGAUCAUAACAUGGAGGGGUACUGUACUGUACUGAAUAACUGCUAGGAUCAUAACAUGGAGGGGUACUGUACUGAAUAACUGCUAGGAUCAUAACAUGGAGGGGUACUGUACUGAAUAAGUGCUAGGAUCAUAACAUGGAGGGGUACUGUACUGAAUAACUGCUCCCAUGCCAAGCAUUUUUUUUUUUCCUUGGGCAAACUUUGUUAAUAUUGUUGAAUCUAAAAUGUAAUUUAUACUCUUUCUGCAACUGUAUUUAAAUAAAUGUGAAUAUAUAAUCUGA